AUGAGAGAAUUAAGGAUACCCACCAAAAAGACUAAUCCAAUCCAUAAUGAUGUACCGGAAAAUACAACAUUUUUGUUAUUUGACCAACCAUCAGGAGAAGCAAAUACAACAGGUACACUAAUCAGUAAGAUUGUUGAAGUAGCAAUUAAUGCAAAAACAGCCAAUUGGAAAGCAAUAGUCAUCUUUCUAAUCCUCCAAUCUAUCAACAAAAGAAACUAUAUACCAUUUGAUCCCUUUAUUGGUAUCGGCCAAAAAAUUGUAUCAGCCAAAAAUUCUAAUAAAACGUAUCAUAGAGGGAUUUUACCACGAAUCUAUUAA